GCUCCCCGCUGAAUAACACUAAAACAGUUGAAGAAGUAGAAAGGGAAUAUAUUUGCGUGGUAUCCUUUUCCAGACCCACAUUUCCCAAUCAUUUUCAAUGAACAUGAACGGUGGGGAUUUCGCGCUCGGUUCGGAGGUUCGGCCGCAUCGUGCCGGAGGAAAAGUGCUGGUUGUUUGCCUGCUUCUGGGUUGCCUACGAGUCUGUGAGACGUUUGGCCCGAACAAAUUGGAGGAGGAAGACUACGAAGACGUCCCCAUAAAUAAAACGUGGGUUUUGUCACCCAAGGUCUACGAGAGCGACGUCACCUUGAUCCUGAAUAAGCUGCUGUUGGGAUAUGACAACAAACUGCGGCCUGACAUUGGAGUGAGGCCAACCGUUAUCGAGACGGCGGUGUACGUCAACAGCAUCGGACCCGUCGACCCCAUAAAUAUGGAGUACACCAUCGACAUCUUCUUCGCUCAGACGUGGUACGACAGCCGUCUGAAGUUUAACAGCACCAUGAAGCUGCUGAUGCUCAACAGCAACAUGGUGGGCAAGAUCUGGAUCCCGGACACCUUCUUCCGGAACUCCCGGAAGUCCGACGCCCACUGGAUCACCACGCCCAACCGGCUGCUGAGGCUCUGGAGCAACGGGCGGGUGAUGUACACGCUGAGGUUGACAAUUAAUGCGGAGUGCUACCUUAAGCUGCAUAACUUUCCUAUGGACGAGCACUCUUGCCCCCUGGAGUUUUCCAGCUAUGGCUACCCCAAGAAUGAGAUUCAGUACCGCUGGCAACGGCGAUCGGUGGAGGUGGCGGACCAGCGAUACUGGAGACUGUACCAGUUUGCCUUUGUGGGGCUGAGGAACACUUCAGAUGUGGCCCAUACCCAAUCAGGAGAGUAUGUCAUCAUGACUAUCUUUUUUGACCUGAGUCGGCGGAUGGGGUACUUCACCAUUCAAACCUACAUCCCCUGCAGCAUGAUCGUGGUGCUGUCCUGGGUCUCCUUCUGGAUCAACAAGGAUGCCGUUCCAGCCAGAACGUCCUUAGGUAUCACCACGGUGCUCACCAUGACGACCCUCAGCACCAUCUCCAGGAAGUCCCUGCCCAAGGUGUCGUACGUGACCGCCAUGGACCUGUUCGUGUCCGUCUGCUUCAUCUUCACCUUCGCCGCGCUGAUGGAGUACGGAACGCUGCACUACUUCACCAGCAACCGCCAGGCGAAGAAGGCCAAAGCCAGCGACGCGCAGCAGAAAUCAGCUGUGGUGAACAUCCGGCCGGGGGCGUCGCUGCUGCAGAUGAACAACGUCGCCCCCUACCAGGAGGACGAGGACUACGCCUACGAGUGCCUGGACGGGAAGGACUGCGCCAGCUUCUUCUGCUGCUUCGACGACUGCCGCUCGGGGGCGUGGCGGGAGAACAGGAUGCACGUGCGCGUGUCCAAGAUCGACUCGUACGCCCGGAUAUUCUUCCCCACCGCCUUCGGCCUCUUCAACCUGGUCUACUGGGUGGGCUACCUCUACCUGUAAAAAACAAAACAAAAAAAAAAAACUAACGAAACAAACAAAAAAGACGAAAACAAACAAAAAAAAAAAUGUAGCAUAAAUAAAAAAAAUUAUUUAACGUUUUUUUUAAAAAUUAUCUUAGAGAUGUGUAGGAUUUAGAAUAACUUGCUUGUGUAUACUACGCCUCUGGUUUUUGGGAGAACAGGGAUACAGAUUGGGGGGAGGUUAUGGGGUAGGGUGCAUAAUUUAAAAUGAGCCAGCAAGCUGCGAAUAGAAUUGCUUCUUUAGACAAAUAUAUUCCAACGAGUAGGGAAUGAAGCUGCAUGUUCAGAGGGGAGCAUUUUGGCAGCGUGGUUUAAAGUCUUUAGGCAAUACCACAGGUGUGUACAGGAGCGAUGUGGCUUUGCAUUCUGAGCUUCCUAAAAGUUCUUGAUUACAGGUGACCUUAUCCAGCACACGCCUGUAGAUUUUGAACGCGACUCUUAAUCGAGUUCUCUAGCCUGAUUAGAAAACAAAACGUUUGUCCAUUCCUUGGAUGGGCUAAAUUAAGUGCUCAGAGUUAACUCUUAGGCUUGUAUGAACAAGCCUGCUGUGUGGACCUUAUCAUAAUUAAUUCAAUUAAUAACUGAACAGUCUCUUUUAUUCAGUUUUGAAGGGAUAUGCGCCUGUGAUAUAUUUAAGAAUUAACACUUGCACAGUGGGAUCACCUCUGCAGUUAGAGCCCACUCUGUCAGUUUUUGGCUCAGAUGUAGGCAUAAGAAAAUGCCAUUUUCCCCAUGAAGUUGUAUGCAUGUAAACUGGAUCCAAGUUUUGGGCCAGGAUGACGCUACAGAAAUAAUAUAGUUGACAGUUUUGUGUGUGUAAAUUUAUAUGAAUUUAAAUGACUUAGUUACUAUAAAUGAUACAGUUGAACAGUUGAAUCUAGUCGUAUCAUAGGGCAGCAGCCUUAGCACUAAUUUUCAUGUCUAACUGCUUGAAGCUAAGCAGGGGUGGGCUUGGUCAGUAUUUGAAUGGAAGAUGCUUAAGAGUUGUUGGUGGACCAGUAGAGGGUAUUCUUCCUUUUUGGGCCAAAUAUAAAAUCCAAUGCACUAGCACAGUGAUGGGGGCACUGUGCUGUAGAUGGUUCCAUCCUUACGAUGAGAUGUUAAACUUUAGGUAUUAUAAUUGGAGCAUCUGGUCACCUCAACAUCCCCAACAUCCCAUUGGCUACACGAUCCCUUGUAUUCCCUGCUCACUGUGAUUUCCCAGGUGACAUCAUUACAAGAGAACCCAGUUCUCAGUUGACUUACCUGGUUAAAUAUUUAAAUAAAUUUAAAUGCAAAACCCUUUUUGUUUUUUUACAAGCAGCUGAUGAAACGUCGCCCUCAUUUGCAGAACAGGAAGAAAAGCUUAUACCCUCAAUGCGCUGACAAGCUCCAAGAAUCAUGGCGCUGUCAGCUGAACUAAUAAUAAAUAAAAAACAUCCUGGUCCAAGUGUCAUCAUGAUAGAGAAUGUAGAUUUAUAACCAAUAUCCUGGCUUUCUUUUCCUGGAAGGACAAUUGCAGAGAAGUGUAUAUGUCUGCAUGUGAAAGUGAUAUACUGUAGGACACAAUAUCCGGAUGUACUAGGCUGUGAAAGGGCCAAAAUGACCUUGCUGCACGUUGCAGAUUUCACAUUGGGUUUCAUUUAGUUUUCCCCUAAUUUAGCACUGUGAUCAUAUUGAUGUCAUGAAAUGAAUUUGAUUCAUAACAUUUAUUGCAAAAAAAAUGGGCUGUUAAAAAAAAAAAAAAAAAUAGAAAAAAGAUGCUUUAAACACUGUCAGAUUGAGCCAUUAUUUCACCACCUUGUGGUGGUGACUCAUUUCGUUAUGAAGACUAAAGGCAAAAAAAAAGUGCCCAAAAAAAAGUUACAUUCAUUCAUCAUUCAAGUCCUAGGUUUGGAUGUUAAGCAUAGCAAUAAUUAUACUUUUUCUUUUCUUUUCUUUAAUUUUUUUUUAAACCAUGAAUCAGGUUCUUGCCACAUUGUAUAGUGCUAAGACAUAUCCCUUAUGUAUCCCGCUGUCUGUAACUCUGACUCUGAGGUCCUCAUCUCUGAGUCUGUAACUCUAACCCUGAGGUUCAUAUCAGUGGUUCCAUUUUAUCUCUAGUGUAUAGGAAGUAGGAUGCAGGAUUCAAAUGCUCGACCCAAAUUGCAAUUGUAAUUUCUAUACUGUGCGUACGACAUCAGCAAGUGUUGUCCAACUUAUCUU